CACUAACAUAAAAAAAUAUUCUUAAUAACUAACUUACUGCAAUAAAAUAGACUUAUAAAUUCAAAUGUUAGAAAUAUAAAUUUCUCCAUAGAAUUAGUUUAUUAUAAAAGUGUCAGAUUUUCUCGUAUCUUUCAUCUUCAUAAAAACAAACUUGAAGAUUUUGCGAUGCAAAUAAUAAAAGUACCCAUUUGCCAUCUCUACAAUAUAUAUAGUUAGGAAAAGUUGAAACAGUUGCUUGACCGACAUGUAGAUCAUCAUCAGUAAAAUAUAGAAAAGUAUAAGAAAAAAAACAACAAGAUAUCUGCUCUCUCCUAUAGAAUUAUGUCUAUUCAAAAAUCUACUAUUUUUUUAAAAAUUGUUGUGUUUGUUCAAGAGAAAAGAAUAUUCGAAAAUCCAUAUCACCUUUAAUUUAAGCUAGAGCAACCUAUUUUAUAUACCGAAAAAAUUAUUAUAAUCAUAAAUUUUCUUUAUCUAGUUUAGCAAGAAUAUAAGAACUUGCAAUAUGUUUAAUAGAAUUGAGACAUGAUCGAAAUCUAGAAAGUAAUUCAGCUAAUAUACAUAAUUGAAUAUCUUUAAAAACAAACAAAUAAAACAUUGAUUAUGACAAAAGAGGACGUUGCUUUUCUAACAUAAUUUUGAACUGUCUCUGGUAAUCUUUUAUUCGUUUCGCAUAACAGUAUGGUGGCUUUGAAAAAAUAAAUUAAACAUAGAAAUAGGACUAAAACUGUUGAAUCUAUAGGGAGAAAUAUUCAUUCUGAAAAUUUCAGAUUCUAAUAUAGAUGUUAUAUAUCGUUUUGUUUCAACAAUUUAAUAGUGAAAUUGUCGUAUCUAUUAGAUAACUUUCACUAAAGCUUUGAGAUCUUAACUAUUUGAAGCGAUCAAUAUUACAACAUUGGAAAUAAUUUCCAAUUAUAAAAUAAAUCUAUUUUACUGAACGAAAACUUUAGAAAAAACAUUCCAACAAGAAUUAAAAAUAAUUUCAACAGGAUCAUCAAAUUGUUGAUAAAUGCAAUAGAAAUGUUAAUGUAGGGCAUUUUAUACUAAUACGUGAUUCAUCAUUACUUUUUAUCAUACCAUCUAUAUUAAGUGUAUAUCUAAUAGGGAUAAAAAAAUUAUAAAUAAUUCGUCUGUUUUUAUAUUAGAUAGUUUGAAAUAAGUUGUCCAACAAGUUUAGCAGCUGAUGUUCGUUUUUCAUUGUUAAUUAUUAAUGUUGAAUCUCAUUCAUCAUUUUUUUUAUUUACUAGGAUAUCUGGUUGUUCAUUUUGAGUUUAAAUUAAUAAUUGAUCAAAAUAAUAUAAAUUUAUAUAUUUAAGUAUGAUUUCAAAGGUCUCCAAUAAGUGUGAUAGAACAUUAUCAUCAUUAUGUUGUCAACAAAUGUGACAUAGCAUAUCAAAACACUAAGAAAACUUCACGUUGAAAAUAAAAUCAUUCGUUAUAUGUUGAACACUAAUUGAAAGAUGUUGUUCAUAUUUAUCUAUAUAUUUACUUCUAUUUAUUAAUUGUUAACUAUUGCUUGAUGAUUGAAACUCUUCAACACUUAAAUCAACUGAUUGAAGAAGAUAUUUUAUUCAAACUAUACAAUUAUUUUGAUUAUGAUAUUCUGUUUUCCUUCGACUUCAUACUUCAACUAUAACGAUAGCCAGAGAACAACUAUGGCUAAUUUUUUUAAUGUCCCAUUGAAAUUUAAUAGUAAAGGAAAUUUUUUUAUUCUUAAUCAUUUAUUUGAUUAUAUGCUAAUAUAUAAAUAGCUAAUAGUAUUCCAAUUAAUGCUAAGACUAUUCCAUUAUGUUUUGAUUUUACAUCCGGAUCUGAUAUUGAUUUAUAUAUAAUAAAAGUUAGAGCAUUAACAAAUAUAUAUUCUAAUAGAUGUUCUACUGCUCUUUUAUCAAGUUCACUUGAUAUAGCUAUUGAACUCCAUCAUAAUAAUAUAAAAAUUGUAUCAAUGAGAAAUAUAUAUGAAUUUACAGGUCAUUUUUCAAAUGUUUGA